AGCACAGCAAUCCACAUGCAGUGUUAUGCAGGCUGAGGUAAUAAUGAGAAUAAAAUAUAUGUAAUAUGCAAUAAACAGCCUGUUUAAUUUCUGGGACAGCUAUUUUGUUCUCUCAGCCAGUAACCCUAUUUCUAACUCGAAUGACUGUACAAAUAGUUUCAAAAUAGAAACCGUUCCUCAAUUUUCCUUUUCCAUCAACAGUAGUUAUGCAAGUCAAGUCAAGUAGUUAUGCAGCCUUCGUGAUGGAUGUUUCAGGCCCUUAAUACAGGUUCACAUCCAUAUGGCUCAAAGAUGUCGCUAAUUGAGCUUCAACAGGAGAAAAGUGAGCGUGUCUACAUGAGCACUGGCAACAGGAGACAGACUAGUGCUGAGAUUGUUUCAGAGGCUCGUCGCUCUCUUCGAACUGUUGCCACACAGCGGCCUUUCACACCUCAGGAGAAGCAUCGGCAGCUCUUCGGAGAAUCAUCCUCCCGUGCACGUGAUGGACGACCACCAUCUGCAUUCAGUCUUCAUGCCCGAAAUUUUGAAGCUCCUGACUCCAGACCAGGCUCUGGAACUCGUCUUAGUCCACUGGAACACAAACCCAGACUGUCUGUGUCCUUGGAUGAAGAUGGCCAUGAGAAAAAAGCAGCUCACCCCAAACCCCCAGCUGAGCGAGGGAACACCAGGAGAGGGUCAGGAGGGUCCAAAGCAAGACAGCUUAUAGCGGCAUCCAUCAACCAUCUGCCACCCAUGACACCACGUUCAAAUAUUGUCCUUCAACAUAAAGCUUCAGAUAAGUCUCAAGAGGCAAGAAUGGGGUUGGACGAACCAGAGAACAGAGCAAAACCACACUGUGCUGAUGGCAGAGAGCAUAAAACAAAAGCAUCCUCUGAAACUGACCUGCACACACUUAUCAAACACAGGAUACCACAGUCAGCCAGAACUGAUGUAUCCAGUAAAAAAGGAUCAAAACCAGAAGCUAAGCUUGGCCAUGGCAAAGGAGAUGAUAACAUGGAUGGAUCUCUGUUUUGGAACACUAAGGUUCUUCCUUUCCUUCAGGAAUUUGAGUUCUUUGUACCAGGUGAUGGUGUGUCAGAAGAGAUUGUGGGGCGUCUGUGUAGUGCAUGCACCGGUCUCCAUGAUGCUCUGGCAGAGCGAGGGAUGCUGGGAAGGCAGUGCAAAAAGAGGUCCACCAUCCUUAGAACACUCUUCAGACUUAUAGAUGUGGAAUCAGACCGACUCAACCUAAAUCUAGCCAAACUCAUUCUAGCACUUGACGUGAGUGGAAACAACUUGCUGAACAUCUGCAAACUCAUCUUCAAAAUCAGCCAGAACACCAGUAAUGAUGCCCUGUUUCUUACCAGCUCCAUCCUAGACUCUCUUCUUUCUCUGCUACAGUGUGAGGAUGUGUGGAGUAAAGGUGAAGCUGUGCUGUACUGUGUUGGCUCACUGAAGCUCCUUUCAGGAAACUGUACCCUCUCCAGGCUUCUGCUGGCUAAAGACUUCAUCUGCAUACUGAUGUUGCUGUCUAAGAGUCUGAUACACAGUAAACCUGCAGAUUUAUCUAAUGUAACUAAGCACAAGUCAGAGGGAGGAGGCCAGCAUCUCAUUGCAGGACAUAUACUGGUUCAGGCUACAGCAGCUUUGAGAAAUAUAGCUGACCUGUCUGAGUCUCGGCCCUCCUUCUUGUCUAACAAGGUCUUCUCUAACCUUUGCUGGAUUCUGGAGAACCACCGUAAUGACCUUGACAUCUGCAUUAAUGUAGCACGAAUAUUCAGCAAGCUCUCCACCUACACAGAGUGCUGCUAUGCACUAGCUGAGACACCACGCUGCUGCAGCCUAUUUUUAGACCUGCUGGGCAGACACAGCAAGAAACAGGAUCUAGUUGUGCGUCUCCUGUUCACACUAGGAAAUCUGACUGCCAAAAGCAUUGAAGCCAGAGAGCAAGUCUAUGAAGUGGAUGGAGGGAUAGAUGUCCUCUUAGAUCUUUUCCAGGCCUACCAGGGAACACCAUCACACCCUGACCAAUGUCACCCUCCUGAAAGAGUGGCCGUCUUGGUCAAACUGAUCAGACUGCUGGCCAACCUAGCCAUUCACCCAACAGUUGGCACAGCACUAGCUGCCAACGCAUCGUGUACACAGCUUCUAUUGGAAGUGCUGGAGGGCAGGUGUGUGCAGGAGAGUGAAGAGUUGGUGAUUAAUGCUGUGGCCACCAUCAACAACCUGUCUUUCUACCAGGGAGAGAGCUCAGUGGUCCGUUCCCAGCACAAACACAUCUCGCAGUUGUUAGUAAAGCUCUUGCUGGGCUCUAGUAUAGAAGGUGUUUUGGAGGCCACACGUGUGUUUGGAAAUCUGUCUCAGAUCAAAGAUGUGAGACACUUCAUCAUGCAGCACAAAGUGCACCAGUUUGUGGUAACCCUUCUGGACUCCAAGAACCCUGAUGUGUGUUUCUCUGCAUGUGGAGUACUCACCAACUUAUCUGCAGAUCCAGAAAACAGGGCCAUACUUAGAGACGAGGGAACCGGACAGAAGCUAAUAGACUGUCUGCGUGACUUUGGGCCUCAGGACUGGCAUCUAGCUUCUGUGGUCUGUCAGACUCUGUGGAACUGCUUUUUAGAUGUAGAGCUGCAACACAGUCGAGAGCUGCUAGAGAUCUUAAACCUAUACACAGACAGGGGAGCUUUCCAGUGGCCUUCUAAUGAUGGAAUCAGACAAGUCCAGGAAGCAUGUUGGGAGUUGCUGUUUUUGCCUGUAGCGGAGAGGCUAAGACAACGUUUACAUUGUGAAGACAUCAGUAGAAUCAAUCUGUAAGCUUUCCUGACAACACCUCCUAUUCAGUCUUCACGUUGUCUCUAAAAUUAGGUGUGUUCAUAUAUGCUUUGUAUUUGUACAUUCAAGUACAUAUGCACACAAAACUAAGGAAUGAGCCAGUGUGUAAAUUGCACCUUGAUACUAUAUCCCUUAUGAAGUUUUUAACAUAUGUUUGCAUUGUGAAAAGUAAUAAUAAGGAAUUUGUAAAUUAUGAGCAACAAAUGCAAAUUGUUAUAAUAAUAAAAUAAAAAAUGUUCAAAGGUAUAUUAUGCAACCUGAUGCUGUUGUAUUUCACUUAAAAAAAGGAGUGGAUUGUGUCAUACUCGGAAAAACACUCAUGAAGCCAUUCAAUGCUGAUGAACUUUCUAAAAAGCACUCAAGACAAUCACAGUGAUCUCAAAUACUUUAUUAAACAGACAGUUCCAGAAAAGUCUGUAAGGAACACUGAACAGAAACAUAAUCAUGCUUAAUACAAUCACAUCAAACUCAUAAAAUAUGGCAGUGACAUCCCUCUUUUUGACCCUAGCGGUUACACUUCACA